GUCGCUAGCGAGCAGCAGAAUAGGGGCGGUGCGUGUUGGCUGGGGGCUCCCAGGAGCUGCGAAGCUGCCUGCCCUCGCUCCUCGCGUGGCCGUGCCCUGCCGAUAUGCCCGAGGAGGCGGGCUUUCCGCCGGCUAAGAGAUUCCGGCAGGGCUUUGGGCCUCCGAGCCACGCCGGGUCCUGCCCUCCCGCGAAGCGAGUGGUAAUGCUGCUGAGCGCGGGCGGCGGUGGCGGAGGAGGAGGCCGGCGGCGGCAGCCGCCCCUGGCCCAGCCCUCAGCCAGCCCCUACCCCGAGGCUGUGGAGUUCCAGCGCCGGAGUCUGCCCAUCUUCCAGGCCCGGGGGCAACUGUUGGCCCAGCUCCGAAACCUGGAUAGCGCCAUCCUCAUCGGGGAAACCGGCUCUGGGAAGACAACUCAGAUCCCUCAGUACCUCUAUGAAGGAGGGAUUGGUCGCCAGGGCAUCAUUGCUGUGACCCAGCCUCGUCGGGUGGCAGCCAUCUCUCUUGCCACUAGAGUCUCAGAUGAGAAGAGAACUGAACUUGGGAAGCUGGUUGGCUAUACAGUGCGCUUCGAUGAUGUCACCUCAGAAGACACCAGGAUCAAGUUCCUGACAGACGGCAUGCUUCUGCGUGAAGCAAUUUCAGAUUCCCUGCUUCGGAAGUAUAGCUGUGUCAUUUUGGAUGAAGCCCACGAACGGACUAUCCACACUGACGUGCUCUUUGGAGUGGUGAAGGCUGCACAGAAGAGGAGGAAGGAGCUGGGGAAACUGCCUCUAAAAGUGACUGUGAUGUCAGCCACAAUGGAUGUGGACCUGUUCUCUCAGUACUUCAAUGGAGCCCCGGUCCUCUACCUGGAGGGUCGGCAGCAUCCAAUCCAGAUUUUUUACACCAAACAACCUCAGCCAGAUUACCUGCACGCCGCACUUGUCUCAGUCUUCCAGAUUCACCAGGAAGCCCCUUCUUCUCAGGACAUCCUGGUGUUCCUCACUGGUCAGGAGGAAAUCGAAGCAAUGAGCAAGACCUGCCGAGACAUUGCAAAGCACCUCCCAGACGGCUGCCCCUCCAUGCUGGUCCUGCCCCUGUACGCCUCCCUGCCCUACGCCCAGCAGCUCCGUGUCUUCCAGGGGGCCCCAAAGGGCUAUCGCAAAGUGAUCAUUUCAACCAACAUCGCUGAAACCUCCAUAACCAUUACAGGAAUAAAAUAUGUAGUUGACACGGGCAUGGUUAAAGCAAAGAAGUAUAACCCUGACAGUGGCCUGGAAGUGUUGGCUGUGCAGCGGGUGUCAAAGACCCAGGCCUGGCAGCGCACAGGACGCGCUGGCAGAGAGGACAGUGGCAUCUGUUACCGGCUCUACACAGAGGAUGAGUUUGAGAAGUUUGAGAAGAUGACCGUGCCGGAGAUCCAAAGGUGUAACCUGGCAAGUGUGAUGCUGCAGCUGCUAGCAAUGAAGGUCCCCAACGUGCUCACCUUUGACUUCAUGUCCAAACCGUCUCCAGACCAUAUUCAGGCGGCCAUUGCCCAACUGGACCUGUUAGGUGCUCUUGAGCAUAAGGAUGACCAGCUUUCCCUGACUUCAAUUGGAAGAAAGAUGGCAGCAUUUCCUUUAGAACCCAAAUUUGCCAAAACCAUCCUCCUGUCCCCCAAAUUUCACUGUACGGAGGAGAUACUGACCAUUGUCUCCCUGCUGUCUGUGGACAGUGUUCUCUACAACCCUCCCUCCCGGCGGGAUGAGGUGCAGGGUGUCCGGAAGAAGUUCAUAUCCAGUGAGGGCGAUCACAUUACCCUGCUCAACAUCUACCGGGCCUUCAAAAACAUAGGCGGAAAUAAGGACUGGUGCAAAGAGAAUUUUAUCAACAGCAAGAAUAUGAUGCUAGUAGCUGAAGUCAGAGCACAGCUAAGGGAUAUCUGCUUAAAGAUGUCAAUGCCGAUCAUGUCAUCUCGAGGGGACAUGGAGAAUGUCCGCCGCUGCCUGGCUCACAGCCUCUUCAUGAGCACCGCUGAGCUUCAGCCGGACGGUACCUAUGCCACCACAGACACUCACCAGCCCGUGGCCAUCCACCCCUCAUCCGUCCUCUUCCACUGCAAGCCCGCCUGCGUCGUGUACACUGAGCUGCUCCACACCAGCAAGUGCUACAUGCGAGACCUCUGCGUGGUGGACGCCGAGUGGUUGUACGAGGCCGCCCCAGAGUACUUCCGGAGGAAGCUGAGAACCGCCAGAAACUGAGCCACCCUAGGCCACUGCUGAAACUGCCAGGACCGGGAGCUGGGACGACAGCUGUCCCCGCAGCAGACUUCCAGCCUGGCACCUAGUGAGGUGGCAGAUUUUAAUGUAAUGGAACAUGCCCGACUUCCUGGAGCUUGCACAUGUCUUUCUUUAAACUUCUAAGACUGAACCACGUAGGUGUGUUCCUACCAUUUAUACCUUUGAAACAUCAAAAUUAUGCUUUUGGUUCUUGCUGGGUGACUUUGGGUGACCUAGUUAACUUCUGAGCCUCAGUUUCCUCAUGUGCCAAAUGGGGGUAAUAAUACUUGUGGGGUUGGAGUCCUGAGGUUUGGAGAACAUGGAAGUACCCAGAGCUGUGCAGCCCAUGGUGAACAUAAAAUGAACUGUUGGCUUGAUGUUACUGCUUUUUACAUGAUGUGAAUUGAGUAAAACAAAACCCCCAAAAUUCUCAAGACUAAGGGGGACUUUCUAGAAGGGGACCAUAGGAGGUCACAGAGCUCAGAUGUUGUCCUUGGAUCUAUUUUAAUGUCUAUCUGUAAGAAGUUUUGAAAUAGAAAGCCUAAGAGAUUGACAUCGGUAGAAGUUUCAGGAGGGAGGCGCUGUUGGUGCUCACCUCAGCGGCUGGCCUCCCCGAGGGGACCUCCUCCUCAGGGAGCGGCCCCCUGCUGCCUCCAAGCAGCGGGCAGUAAAGGAGCACUCGCAGGUUGCUGAGCUGUGUAUCUUCGGCCUUGGUGCUUCUGUGACAGGUGGCCUCACCUGUCCUUCCAGGAGACAUGGAAGUUUCCUGGGUGAACGUUCCUUGGUAUCUUCUAAAUCACAUCAAGUAUAAAUGUGGGAAACUGACCUUGGAGGGCGAUGGCCUCCCGCAUACUCAGUUGCUACUUUUCUCUGUAACUGGGUCCACAUAAAUGAGUGAGUGUGAGGAAUGACUCAGUGCCACAUUUCAGCCAUUUCUCUUCUGGCAGGGUCCCUGGUGAGAGGGCUGGUGGGGGAAGUGAGGAGAAACAAGUGGUCCACAGGAACCAGACAGCAUUGAUUGGCUCAUCCCGGCCGCCACAUCUGGUGUUUAUAUUCUAGCAUCUUAUUAAUUAUCUUUUUCCUUGAGACUUGGGGACAACUUGGCUUUGUUAUUUCCUAACUCUACCAAUCAUCAUUCUCUAACCCUUAAGUUUCUAAGUUUCUACAUUUUUCAGAGGGAAUUAGAGGGUAUCCAUGGUCUUCCUAUUUUUUUUUAUUUUUUUUUUUGAGAAGG